CAUGGCGCGCGUCCUGCGCGGAGUCUUCGUGGCCGAGAAGAAGCCGGCGCUCGGCAUGGAGCUGCUCUGUGCCCGCCUGGCCGACAGCUGCCCCGAGCUGGUGGCGCCCGGUGAGAUGGAGAAACACGUGCGGCUCUUGGCGGAGCUGCUGCCCGACUGGGUGGGCGUCCACGCCCUCAGGACGGACACCUACGUCAAGCUGGACAAAGAGAAGGACCUGGGCCUCGUCACCGAGAGGCUCAACAAGGCGGCCAAGGAGGCUGGAGCUCUCUGAGCCCCUCGAGGGUUGAGGAUUUCUCUGUGCAAUCUCCUCGAAAUGUAGCAAAUCCCAGCGGUGCUCUGGGUUCUGGGCUGGGCUGGAGGAAGGCUCAUCCUCGGGGGUGCCUUAAUUAAAUUAAUUUCUGUGGUGGGAUCCUUGAGGAGUGUAGGUCCCCGUGUCCUCGAGCAAUCCUGCGUCCUGGGGUGAUGAUGAAAACCUGAGGAACUUUUUCCUCUUCUUUCCUGUGCUCUCCUGAAGGUUCAAUGCAUGAGGGGUCUCCUGAAGGUUCCAUUUCAGAGGUUUCUUCCAUUAACUGGGCCCUGGUGGGGUGAAGGCAGAACAGGGCAGGCUGAGAGGGUGACAGAGGGGAAGGAGUAAGAGAAAAAGUCACAAAUUGAUGAUUUUGGAGCUUCGGGCCUCGUUCUGUUUUUAAGGGAGGGAAAAUGCAUCUUCCAGUCCUCGCUGGAAACAACUACAGGACUUGUCAAAACAUAUUUGUAUUAAAUGUUUUAAAUAUAGUUGACUCGUGUUAAGCCA